AUGGUGAAUCGAGACACUCUUCAAGAAGGAAAAAUGAUUUACAAAGAACCUUUCGGCCUCUUCGAAAAAUGGUUCAAUGAAGUGAAGGCCAGGAAGGAUAUUCUAAAACCAAAUGCUAUGUGUUUAGCAACAAUUGCGAAAGGCAAAUAUCCAACAGCCAGGAUGAUGGCAUUAAAAGAAUAUGACAAAGAUGGUUUCAUAUUCUUUACAGAUUAUGAGAGCAGAAAAGCUGAAGAUAUUGAAGAUAAUCAUAACGUGGCAGCGACAUUUUACUGGGAAUUCUUUGAUCGUUCAGUAAGAAUUGAAGGUCAAGCUGAAAAGUUAUCCAGUAAAGAAAACGAAAAACAUUUUAACUCAUUACCAGUGAAUGAUCAAGUUAUCUUAAGUUCUAGUCCUCAAAGUCUCCGAAUAGUGUCUACUAACGAAAUAUAUGAGAGAAAAAGAGAUUUGGAAGAGAAAUAUUUAAAAAGUGGAAGUAAACUUCCAGUAACAGAUCAUUGGUAA